AUGGUUGAAGAAAAUCAAGAAACUCCUCUAGAAGUGGCGUCGGACCCACAAAUCACCGAUUCUGAACUGCCAGAGGCUCCAGAAAAUGAAAAAAAUGAAAAAUCACUAAGGACAAUUACAGUUCAAAAUCUAAGACAUCCGGGUGGUUAUUUGAGUUCCAGACAGUUCCAAUCCCUUCUAAACAAAUCUGUCGAGUUUCAAGCCAAAUUCUCGCGGCCAGAAGAUUCAGAUGAGCGUCAAAUCAAGACUGGAAGCAUUGAAAUUGUAUUUGCCACGUUUGAAACCGCCCGUGACGCCUACACAAGCCUUCAGAAGAUGGCCAUCGAUGGGUAUAGGCCGGAAGCUCUGGUGGACUCGAGAUUUUUAUCAACGGAGCUCUCGACACCUUCCAAACGUCAAUUCUUCGAGAUUUCCAACGAUUCUCGGCUCGUUUUCCUUCUGGACGCUCCUAAAUCCCUUGAUUUGGAUAUGAUUUCAUAUUUCUUCAAAGAUGAACGCCCAAUUCACUUUCAAAUUCUUCCAAUGCCUACUGGAAAUGGGUUGUACCAAGUGGAGGUGCUGAUGAGCAGUCGAGAAGUGGCUGAAGAGAUUUUGGCGAGAGAAGAAGCCACAUUUUCGAUUUCCGAUGAGGAUGGGGAUUAUGUGGUGACACUCCUGAGCCCUCGUGAAUACGGUCUCUACUCGAAAAUGGACGAUAUCCGCGCAUCGACAACGUCCCGUUCAUCAGCUCCCGCUGUAAUUCCACGUGUCACACCAUCAUCUGAAUCUAUCGGUCAACUGGCUCCAGAAAUCGACGAAGACGUCGUUUUGAAGCGUCUUCUAGAGAUUAUCGCCGAGGAAAAUUUGAAUUUCGGAGAAAUCGAAGAAAUUCACGCCAAGGAUGAGCUCUACAGACUCUGUGAUAGGGUUUCGGAGGAAUACGAUGGAAUUCCGGAUUCAAUUUUGAAGCCAGCAAUGGGAACGGCACUGCAACGUCAUCUGAAUCAGACGGAGUUGCAUUGGAUGCGGAAUCAGAUAGAAGGAUUGCUCAGAAUGUGGAAACUGGAGAUUUUGAAUGAGGAAAUUUAUAAAAGAGAGACGAUGGUGGAAAUGAAAGCAGCCAAUUAUCAGCCGGUGUUCGAGGCGGAGAAGAAGGAAACCAAUAGUAAAGGCGCUCAAAAACGUCAAAAAGCGGCACGCGCUCAAAUGGGCGUUGGCGCCUUCUUGACCGCGCACCGCGAUCGUUUGAUCGUCGAAUCAGGCGACGUCGAAAUGGAUUCAGACGACGAUGGAAACGUGAUGAUUGGCGGCGAGGCGUUGAGCUUCGACUCAUGGGCCCGCAUCACAAAAACCAAGGCGAGCGGUGUGGUUCGAGCGAAUGAGGAUGGAUCGAAGAAGAUUGGAAAUGGAGGUCUGACGAAGAAGCAGAUGAGACAGGCACGGUUGGUGGAGGGGAUGAAUCAGGAUGAGUAUAAGCAGUGGAGAAAGGAGAAGAGCUCGGCGAGAAAAGCGGAUAUUAAGCAGCGAAUUAUGGCGAGAGGAGCGGUGAUUGAAGGUGAAGAAGGAGAAGAAGGCCACGUGGAUUCUGAAGCUGUGGCUGCUCCAGCUCCAGCCACGUCAUCUGCUCCAGCAGCCCCACCAGUCAAAAAAGACCUGGACGAAGGAGAAAUCGAUUCGGAUGAAGAGCGAAAAGAAGCGGCUCUUACCAAAAAGCCUCCUGCCACCAAACGACACGCCACAUCAGACUCAUCUGAAUCCUCGACGUCAUCAUCAUCAGAAGAAGACCCAGAUGGACCAAUCGACGCCAGAAAACGAAGAAAGAUGAGACGAAAGAAGGAUCGGAAGCUGCCACGUGCGGCGAUGACGACGUCGACGACGCCACAAGUGAAUUUGGAAUUCAGGCAAAUGUUUGAGAAUCGAAAAGCGAUUAUUGCGCAAAUGUCGCCGGCGCAUAAGGCCGCGUUUGCGAGUGCGUUGAAUCAGGUUAGUAUCGCUCAAAACAACGGCGGUGCCCAAGCGAAAGCGUCUCAGGUUAUCACUUCGAUGAUGUCUGGAUUCAAAUAA